AUGGACACGAAGUCCCGACGUCGGCGCAAGACCUCGAAAGAAGAGCGUGUCUGUCCGGUUUGCGCUCAAGAUUUUAAAAAGGCGGAGCAUCUGGCCCGCCACUUAAGGUCACACACAAAGGAGAAGCCUUUCAACUGUCCCGUCUGCAAUAAGGCUUUUGCUCGGCAGGACACUCUCUUGCGACAUUCGCGAUCUCAUGCUACAGAUGACAUUUGUGGAUGCCCUCAGGUGCAAAAUGAUCCGUCAAUCAAUGGCAGUCAUGCAAGCGACCUGAAUCCUGAGCUAAACUCAAACGAUGCAGCGUUCUCUGGAAUCCCGGAAGUUCCGCUUGGGUUAGACGCUGGUUCUCUUGCGGACAAUAUAAUGGCACCCAUGUCACCACCAAAGUCCAUCGACAAGCUUACACCGAGUCUAUCAAUUGGAGAUAACAACACAUAUCCUGCACAAUUGACGCCCUUGCCUUCACUCUUUUCCCUUGAAACAAGCGAUGCUUGGAAAAAUCAACCAAGCCCACCGCCUGCGGUGUGGGAUUAUCGACCUGACAGAGACUGGGAAACCUUGCUCACUGGAGACGACUUCGAUCUCAACGCUGUGAAUUUGUCUCUCCUCUAUGCUACGGCCGACUAUGUGCCCACUUUUGACACUUUACCUGACUCGGAGGUUGCCCGGCCUACUUCUCAACCCGCCUCCCGUACUGAAAAUGAGCAUGCAAAAGGACGAGCCCUAACUGUUCAGAAAAAAUGGCAUACAUUUUCUGAAGCGACUCCAUCUGGACAAAUGACUCCAGACCAAUCACAGGAAGGUCUUAUUGACGAGUCAUAUCGCAAAAGAUUGACAGAGCGAUUACAGCAACGGGUACAGCAUGGGAUUCUACCCUCUACGCCCUUUCUGGAUCUCAGUAUCCAAGCCUACUUCUCCAAGUUUCACCCUCUUUUUCCGGUUGUACACAUGCCCACUUUCCGACCUAGCACUCAAAACUCUGUCCUUUUGCUUUCCAUUUGCUCGAUAGGGAGCUUGUUCGUCGGCUCUCCGCGUGCUAUCAAUCAUGGCAUCAGCAUGUUUGAGCGAUUGAACAAAGCAAUACUUGCCUCGUGGGAUACCUAUGUCGCAAAUUCCGGGUGCUCCAAUUUGGUAGCUCUUCAAGCUUCAAUCAUAGGACAGACAUUCGGUCUUGUUAUGGGCAGACCCAAAGACUUGUAUGGGAUUGAGAUGUUCCAUGGCAGUGUGAUUGCUUGGGCACGCACUUCCAAGCUGUUCCAUAUACAGCAUCCAGAAUUCAACCUCGUCGAUAUGAAUGGGGAUACUCUCGAAAAGGCCUGGUUAAUUGUCCUCGGAAUCCACAUCCACGACGCUGCACUCGCCCGAAUACACCACCACGAACCCAUCCUUCGCCAUUCCGUCGAACGGCUCCCGCAAAUCUCUUCCAACGAACUCUUCACAGCUCCAAGUGCCGGACACUGGAAAUCUCUCAUGAUUGAAUCCCAAAUGCGAACCCUCUCAUUAUCGUCUCCCAUCAACAACCAUCAUCAAAAUCAACCAGUAGUCAUUGGCGACUUCGCACUGUGCGCAAUACUCGAAUCAAUCAGCGCUCUAGUCUGCGAAGACUGCGACCUCCACUCCUCCCGGCCCACGACCGUCACAAAAUGCCAUGACCUCCUAAUCCAAUGGCAUCAUCGAUACCACUCAAGCAUGCAAGGCAAAUCCAGCUGGUUCUGCCUGAUGAUGCUCUGGCAUUCCAACUUCAUACUGCUUCACACAGACCUCAACGCUCUAGAAUGCGCCUGCGGCCGUGAGGGCUACGACUCCGCUCAAAAACAUCUCCCAUAUGUCCAAAACUGGCUUCGCUCCAUGGACGCAAAGCGCUGUCUUCUCCACGCCAUGCUCAUUCAGAAGAAUUUCGAGUCUCUUCCCGCUGGUGCGGAACCGGCUCUCCAUGUCCCAAUGUGUCUGUAUUACUGUGGGCUUAUCUGGUCUUGCUUUAUGUGCUUUAGCGAGGAUGCUGAUCCCGUUACUGUGGGCGCGACGGAUCAUUUACAGUUCGCUGAGCUACGUCUACCUGGGGUGGAUAGCGUUGGAACAUUUUUAGAACAAAUGGGCGGACUACAGCCGCGGAAACUGGCGAUGGGCUCGCUGUUCCGCGUUAUCGAUCUCCUGCAGCGUAUCAGUCACUGGAAGAUCUCGCAGAGUCUGGCUUCCACGCUGUUAGCCUUGGUGGAGGAGACGCAAGAUUUAUUUUAG